CAGCGGCUCCGUGCGGGGGCAGCUGGUGCCGGAGAGGAGCGCGAGGGGGGCCGCCGGGAAUGGGUCCGGCUCCCGGCAGCCAAAACCUCGGUUAUUAAAAAGGAGCAGCCAUUGGAAGUCAUUGGAAAAAAAGGCCAGACGAGAAUCAAAAACCAAUGGAACUCAAUAAUCCAGCGUUAGAAAAAGCAGAAAACAAAGUCCUUGGCCAAGAACUUGGAGAAAAACUGCUGGGAAAACAGAAUGAUGCUUGGUCAUUCAGACUUUGCCUCAGGCUCCAGUGAUCCAAUCCAGUCCAGUCAAUAUUUACUAAGUACCUGCCGGCUGCCAGGCGCUCUGCUGCCAUGAUUGCUCUACUCUGAUGGGGCGAAGGAGCCGGGCUGGUCUCGGUGGCUCGGGCUUUCCCAGGCUCAGGCUUCUGGCCGGCUCUAGCAGAGUCCGUGGAAGUUACAGCAGGCCGGAUAAGCUGCCUCCCGCCUCCCCCCGGGCUCCCUCAGCAUGUUGGGGGUCAUCUUGAGACCUUCCCUGCUGACCCGGGCUUCUGACAUGCAGCCCCUUUAUCCCUCUGGGCUCUGCGUGCUGUGAGGGAAGGUUGGCUUUCCCUUGAGCUUUUCUUACUUUGUUUUCAGAUUCUCUUCCUCUACCCACUGAGAAGGCAAGGUGACCCGCACAGCACAAAGGGGCUGGUGGCAGUUGAAAACAAGGAGAUGGGGUUGGCUGUUAAUUCAACAGAGCUGAUCAUUCAGAGAAAUCUUGCUACUUAGCUUCCUGGGGAAGAAGCGGGACUGCCUUUUCUCGGGCAUCUUUGGAGGCAGUGGAGCUGGUGACGGCCAUGGCGGAGAGAAGCUGUCCUUACAGGACAUUGCUGAACUGAUUCAGACCAAAGCCUGCCAGAGGGUGGUGGUCAUGGUGGGCGCCGGGAUCAGCACCCCCAGUGGCAUCCCAGACUUCAGGUCUCCAGGGAGUGGCCUCUACAGCAAUCUGGAGCAGUACGAUCUUCCCUACCCAGAAGCCAUAUUUGAACUGGACUUCUUCUUUCACAACCCCAAACCCUUCUUUGCUCUGGCCAAGGAGCUCUACCCUGGCAACUACAGGCCCAACCUGGCCCAUUACUUCCUGCGCCUGCUUCAUGACAAGGGGCUGCUGCUGCGGCUCUACACACAGAACAUCGACGGGCUGGAGAGAGCGGCUGGCAUCCCCGCCACCAAGCUGGUGGAAGCCCAUGGCACCUUUGCCUCGGCCACCUGCACCAUCUGCCGGCAGUCGUUCUCUGGGGAGGAAUUUCGGGUGGAUGUGAUGGCAGACAGAAUACCCCGCUGCCCCAUCUGCAUGGGAGUCAUCAAGCCCGACAUCAUCUUCUUUGGGGAACAGCUCCCACAGAGGUUCUUCCUGCAUAUGGCAGAUUUCCCCAUGGCAGAUCUGCUCAUCAUCAUUGGGACCUCUCUGGAGGUGGAGCCCUUUGCCAGCCUGUCGGAAGCCUCCAGGAGGUCUGUGCCCCGGGUGCUGAUCAAUCGCGAGCUGGUGGGACCCUUCGCCUGGCGGCCCCGCCAUAAUGACGUGGCCCAGCUGGGCGAUAUCAUUGGGGGUGUGGAGAGGCUGGUGAAGGCCCUGGGCUGGACCAAGGAGAUCCAGGACCUGAUGCAAAGAGAGACCAGUCAGGAUGCUCUUUGAGAGCAGGUGGAGACAGGACCCAGGCUCAUGCGUCACCCCCUUCCUGUAAGCCCUGACUUCGAGAUCUCAGUGGAAACCCAUUCUCUCAAUAGUCAAUAAACAUUUAUUUAGCGCCUACUGAGUGCUAGGCACUGGGCUCA